AGGGGGGCAAACCUUUCCCCGCGUCUCUGCGUGACAGAACUACAGGAAGAUUGACACGUAAAUAACUCUUAAUUCUAUUACAACUUAAUUGCUUUGGUUAAUUUGAGAUGUGAAAUGUAAUUUUAUUAUAUUUUGCAAAAACAAAAACGGCGAGUCACUUCUGUUUCAAAGUCACUACAGCAUCCUCACCGUGAAAAUACGGCGCGUUUUAUCUUCUUUAUGGGGAAUUGCGUAAGUGUGUUUGUGUGAGCGCGCGCACGAGCGCGCGUGUUAAUGUGCCGCACGUCGUGCACGAUGACAGUACUGUAUUAGUCCGGGGAUCCAAACGCGCACGAACUUACUUGCGACUUGGCCACGAUGUUGAAGAAAGGGGGCGGAGUUAAAAAGUGAACGAGAGCUGCGUACCAAACAGAGAGAGAGAGAGAGAGAGAGAAAGGGGGAGGAAAGGGGAGAGACGGGUGGGCAGGCUGCUCACCGUAAACGAUGGUUGUCGGAUAGAGUCUUGAGGAGCUAAUGAAACUGGCUGCUUGAAUUGUUUGCAGCCAUUACGGAGCUCAGUGGCCCCGCGCGCUCCGCGUCCCUCGGAUCCUCGCAAGGAAAAACUGCAGCCGCGCGCAGAUAAAGAACCGCUUUUUUUUAAUUAUUUUUUUUUCUUUUCUUGUGAGGACUUGCUUACUAUUUUUUUUAUUUUACCACCGUUUUUUUCCCCCAGCCCCCCCUUACCUCCCCAUCCACACUCGUAGUUCUCCAUCAGUCCGCCUUUGCACGUCAGCAAGCAACUCUCUGGCCGCGGACGGGACCGUUUCAUGCCCGGAGGAAGACCGACCCCCCGCUCGGACCCUGUGCCGACCACACGCGCUCCUCCGGCGGGCUCAGAAGCGGCAGUUCCCGGCAUUUGCUGGGAUGUUUGAGUCGCGUUGUUUGGUGGGGUGAAGGGACCGAGAGAGUGGCCGGAGACACCGAGCGGACCGGGGGGGCCGACAGAGGAGACGGGAGCAUGGCUCUGGUGGCGCUGUCUCUCUGGGUGCUAACGAGUCUCACCUGGGCGGACGUGGUCCAGGUGACAGCCAACAGGCAUUCCGUCUACUGGAACAGCUCCAACAUACACCUGCGCCGGGAGGGCUACACCAUGCAGGUGAACGUCAACGACUACCUGGACAUCUACUGCCCCCACUACAACGACAGCCAGCGCGGGGCGGGCAGCGGCGAGCAGUACGUCCUCUACAUGGUCAGUUACCGCGGGUACAGGAACUGCGACCCCCAGCUGGGCUUCAAGAGGUGGGAGUGCAACCGGCCCCACGCCCCCCACGCGCCCAUCAAGUUCUCCGAGAAGUUCCAGCGCUACAGCGCCUUCUCGCUGGGCUACGAGUUCCACGUGGGACAGGAGUACUACUACAUCUCCACGCCCACCCAUCACCACGGCCGCAGCUGCCUGAGACUACGAGUGUACGUGUGCUGCUCCACAGCUUCUGACGCAGACGAUGAGCAGGAGCCUACGGAACCGGACUACACGCUCCGACCAGGCCUAAACAUUAACGAUAUCGAUGAAUUCAACCCCUUUGUUCCCAAGCUGGAGAAGAGUGUCAGCGGAAGCAGCCCAUCCAGGGAUCGCCUUCUUCUCACCGUGACGAUGCUCUUUCUGGCCGCUCUCUUCAUCUCCUAGCAAACGGCCAUCCCAUCAGCGUCACCAUGCCAACUAGCCUUGGGAGGGUGUACAGUAUCGGCGGAUGGCAGCGUUUAGGAGGCGAGGGAGAAAGAGAGAGCAGAGUUAGGAUACCACAAAUAGAGCAGAAGGCAGGAGGAGGAAGAAGUGUUUUCAAGCAUCACAGUGUGAAUGUGUGUGUGUGUGCGGUCGUACAGCUGUGUGUUUGAGGGAGCGUUGUUUUGGUGGAGUUGAAAGACCUUCAGGCACUCUGUGACACAGACUGAACCGUAUGUCACGUGCAUCAAAGUCAGCCUGUGCAUACAGAUACAGGUGUGGUAGACUGUGUGUGUGUGCGUGUGUGUGUCUGUGUGUGAGUGAGUCUGAACAGGCCGUAGUUUGAGCUUGCUGAAUCAUGCACACCACGCAAAGCAUUUAUACACCAGGAGAGACGAGGCUUAAAUCCAAGCAAAAAGAAAAGGCAUCAAAUCCACCCACCCAAUUGAAAACCAUUCAAAGACUUUCCCCGGGAUCUGAUUGGCUGAAACACUUCCUUAGCGGUAGUUGCCAUAGUUUCUUGCAACAAGAAUUAAACUGACCUCAAAUGAACUGAAUCUCAUCACAACUGAACUGAAAUUGCCUUUUUUUUUGCGUUGUUGUUGUUGUUGUUGAUGUUGGGACCUUUGGGGGAAGCAGCUGAUGGUCCUGCGUAGGAAACCAGUCAAAAGUAGCCGAUAGUUCCUGAGCGAACCCUGCGACUCCCCUCUGUCUGCUGUGUCAUCCUGCGCUCACCACCGGCCUGCAGCACGUCUCUAACCAAGUUAAGAAGAAGAAAAGGGGGACACUGCAAGGGGGUGUGUUGCUGUCGUGAGUCGCCUUGGUUACUCUUCUGUCCCGCCCGGGAGGCACUCGGUUGGUCGACCGUCACCCCCCCCCCCCCCUCGCCGCCGCAGGCUGCUUGGAGGAGAGCGAGAGGAGCAGGGAGCAGGGAGGAGAAACAGUCACUCCCGCGUCCUCUGACGGGUCCAGUGCCGGACAAUGAGAAGCUCAUCAAAGCUGAUCGGUGUCAGCGUAGCAUUGCACUCCAGCAAUCUCACCCGCGUGAUCCCGUCCGUCGGACGCCACACGGGAACGCUUUUCUGUUGCCGCUUCGACUGUGUGUGCUUCAAAGAGAAAAUAUGUCCGAGGGUGUGUUUGAGAGCGAGGUAGAGCACUUUGAGUGGUACUAACAGCCUGGAAAUCAACCACAUACUGUAGAUCUUAUAAGUAUGACGAUGCAAAAUAAAUAAAAAGCAUCAAAACCGCAUACUAGAGCAACAAGUAAUACAUACAAACCAAGUGCUUUGGUGGGGAGGCAAUUCAAAGCUAAAAACAACUGUACCAGUCGGGUCCUUCAGAAUGGUGUUUCCAUAGCAACUAGCACCUUAUUCACCAUGGUUACCCAACCCUGCCAAACGAUGGACUCUAGUAGGGAAUGGCUUUCCAUAGUAGCUGAUAACAAUGAGGAUGAUGAUGAUGAUGAUGAUGAUGAUGGUGGCUAAUCAACAAGGUCACGCUAUGGCUCACCCACUGGCGCCUGAGGCGUUCAAGUACUCGUGUAAAUGUCGUAAAGGACAAAGAAUGGAACAACAAUGUCUUGAAAUGUGCCACAGCAAAAUGUUAUGUAAGCAUUUUACAAACUGGAAACUCUAUUUUCUUGUGCUUUUAUAUGUUUUUAUAAUUUUUUUGAGUUUACUGUGGUGUAUUUCUGGUUCUCUUGAGGGGGGAGAUGGGGUUUUGAAGUUGGGGGAUUGGGUGGUUUGAGCCAUAUGUAAACUUGUGUGUGUCUCAUUGGCAAAUCUGACAUAGCUGUUGAUUCUCAACCCUGAUGGCUUGUAACAAAUUUAAAGGACACUUCCCCAAUUCUACACGUUAUAAUAUCGCAGGAACCUUUGCCAAUCUGAGAGAAUGAUCCCCAAACAGAAGGGACAUGGAAUAAUUACACUGCCUGAAUAGAGGAAAGUCCCUUAAAUAAGUGCAGCAGCCGUCCUUCUGGGAAAAACCUUUCCUGGAGUUUUUUUGGACAAAUAUUGAGUCCAUUCCACCCGGUUGGGAACCAGUGAUAUGUGCAUUUCAUCUUUAGGAGUGAAUUUUCUUUUCAUCGGUGUGCGCUUGCAGUUUGGUAGAAAUGUGGCUUUUAUUCGUCCAAAUGAAUGUGUCAGUUUUGGGGAUCAUUUUUUUUGUUCAACCAAACGUUAAGAGACAGCCCCCAAGUGAACGACAAAAGCUGCAAAUAGACCCGCUCUCGUCAUCCGGACAUGAGAUGAUACAGGUGUGAAAAGCUCGUGGUUUUGGAGCAUCAUUGAGAACGUUGCAUUAUGGGAUAGAAAGUGAGCCAACCCAGGUGUAUGAAUGGCUCUUUUGUGGGAGGGGCUAAGUAGGAAAGGUUUUCAGUCCCGGUGUGGAAGGGGAGGGUUAAUCACCGCUCGAGAAGUUGCACUUAAGAACUUAGACACGAGAAUAAGAAAGUGUGCCCGUCUGAAUGUGUGUGUGUGUGUGUGUGUGUGUGUGAGUGUGUGUGUGUGUGUGUGUCAGGGAGACUAAGAGCUCAUUUCUGUUGAUCACUUCAUAUCUGUGUGCAAAAGCUCUGGAGUGCAGAUGCUGUCUGUCUUUGUGUGUGUGUGUGUGUGUGUGUGUGUGUGUGCGUGUGUGUGUGUGUGUGUGUGUGUGUGUGUGUGAAUGAACGAGUGCGAUACAGUCUUUUUGUUUCUGCUCUCCCCGUGUGCGUACGAGUGAGAGAGGGUGAGCGUUUUUAUGUCUGGCAAAAGAAAAAAAAAGCAUUUAUUAAUGUUGGAAACAACAGUUACAAUCAUGUUUACCUUCGACUGGAAUGACUUUAAAUGAACUUGAAAAUAAACUGUAAACUGAACAAACCAUAACAGAGGUAAUAACAAUGACCAUGAUAACAAAAUAAUAAGCUUACAAAUCUUACUUUUAACAA